AUGCGCCGCACUGCGCUUUGCCUGGGAUCCCUUGCAGCUGUCAGUGGCAAGGUCUACUUCUCUGAGACCUUUGGAGAUGGCUGGGAGAGCCGAUGGACGCCCAGCGAGUGGAAGAAGAGCGACGGCACCCAGGGCACCUGGCAGCUCUCGGCGGGCAAGUGGUUCGCAAAUGAGGCGGAGGACAAGGGCGUGCAGACCGCUGAGGACUCACGGUUCUUCGGCCUCUCCGCUGGCUUCGACUCCUUCAGCAACGAGGGCAAGGAGCUGAUCAUCCAGUACCAGGCGAAGUACGAGAAGGACAUCGAGUGCGGCGGCGGCUACGUCAAGGUCGGGCCAAAGCUCAGCGAUCCCAAGGCGUUCGGUGACCCCACGCCGUACAACAUCAUGUUCGGCCCCGACAAGUGCGGCUACACCAAGCGCACGCACCUGAUCUUCAGCUACAAGGGCAAGAACGUGUUGAAGAAGUCGGACCUGGCAUACAAGCAGGAGGGCGAGGGCACUUCUCACGUGUACAGGCUGACCCUGAAGCCCGACAACACCGCGAAGGUGGAGAUCGACGGCGAGAGCAUCUACGAGGGCUCCUUGAAGGAGGACUGGGAGCUCUUGGCGCCCAAGGAGAUCAAGGAUCCCGAGGACAAGAAGCCCAGCGACUGGGUCGAUGACAGCAUGAUGGACGACCCCGAGGACAAGAAGCCAGACGGCUGGGUGGAGGAGAAACGCAUUGUGGACGCCAAGGCCAGCAAGCCGGAUGACUGGGACGACGAGGAGGACGGCGAGUGGGAGGCGCCCAUGAUUGACAACCCCGAGUACAAGGGCGAGUGGACCGUGAAGCGAAUCUCUAACCCAGCCUACAAGGGCUUCUGGGAGGCCAAGAAGAUCGCCAACCCGGAGUACGUCGAUGACGACAGCCUCUACAAGUACGACGACUUCGGCUUCAUCGGCUUCGACUUGUGGCAGGUGAAGGGCAACACCAUCUUCGACAACGUCAUCAUCACGGAUGAUGUCAAAGAGGCCGAUGCCUUCGUCGCGAAGUGGAAGGCGCUCAGCGAGGUGGAGAAGGCCAAGAAGAAGGAAGAGGACGACAAGAAAGCAGAGGAGGCAAAGGCUGCCGCUUCCAGUUCUAAGGACGACGACGAUGACGACGAUGACAAGGAGGAUGAGGAGGUCUACUUCUCCGAGACCUUCGGCGACGGAUGGGAGAGUCGCUGGACGCCCAGCGAGUGGAAGAAAAGCGAUGGCACCCAGGGAACGUGGCAGCUCUCGGCGGGCAAGUGGUUCGCCAAUGAGGCGGAGGACAAGGGCGUGCAGACUGCAGAGGACUCCCGGUUCUUCGGCCUCUCCGCUGGCUUCGACUCCUUCAGCAACGAGGGCAAGGAGCUGAUCAUCCAGUACCAGGCGAAGUACGAGAAGGACAUCGAGUGCGGCGGCGGCUACGUCAAGGUCGGGCCCAAGCUCAGCGAUCCCAAGGCGUUCGGUGACCCCACGCCGUACAACAUCAUGUUCGGCCCCGACAAGUGCGGCUACACCAAGCGCACGCACCUGAUCUUCAGCUACAAGGGCAAGAACGUGUUGAAGAAGUCGGACCUGGCAUACAAGCAGGAGGGCGAGGGCACUUCUCACGUGUACAGGCUGACCCUGAAGCCCGACAACACCGCGAAGGUGGAGAUCGACGGCGAGAGCAUCUACGAGGGCUCCUUGAAGGAGGACUGGGAGCUCUUGGCGCCCAAGGAGAUCAAGGAUCCCGAGGACAAGAAGCCCAGCGACUGGGUCGAUGACAGCAUGAUGGACGACCCCGAGGACAAGAAGCCAGACGGCUGGGUGGAGGAGAAGCGCAUUGUGGACGCCAAGGCCAGCAAGCCGGAUGACUGGGACGACGAGGAGGACGGCGAGUGGGAGGCGCCCAUGAUCGACAACCCCGAGUACAAGGGCGAGUGGACCGUGAAGCGAAUCUCCAACCCAGCCUACAAGGGCUUCUGGGAGGCCAAGAAGAUCGCCAACCCGGAGUACGUCGAUGACGACGCCCUCUACAAGUACGACGACUUCGGCUUCAUCGGCUUCGACUUGUGGCAGGUGAAGGGCAACACCAUCUUCGACAACGUCAUCAUCACGGAUGACGUGAAAGAGGCGGAUGCCUUCGUGGAGAAGUGGAAGGCGCUCAGCGAGGUGGAGAAGGCGAAGAAAAAGGAGGAGGAUGACAAGAAGGCGGAGGAGGCGAAGGCCGCAGCAGCGUCUGCCUCCAAGGAUGACGACGAUGACGAUGACAAGGAUGACGAGGAGGAAGACUGA